AUGGCAUCUGACACCCCAGCUUCGCAAGGCGAGCUCUACGACUCCACCAUAACCGUUCCCUCCGAUUCGGAAAACUACUCAGCCAACCACGAGCUAUCUUCGUCUACUUCAAGCUCUCCCAUGAUUCUCUAUAAGCCUCCAUCCAUUUGGGGCAUUCUCCGCGGGGCAGCCAUCAAUCUCUUUCUUCCUUUCGUUAAUGGUCUGAUGCUCGGGUUUGGUGAACUCUUUGCUCAUGAGGCGGCCUUCCGUCUUGGGUGGUCAAACACCAAGAUUUUCCCAGCCUACCGCAGAUCCCAUCCCGUGGGCCCUGGAAUCGACGUUCGAGAGCUUCCCUCGGAGCGGAGGCGGACCUUCUCCGGGUUGAAAGACACCGCUGCUCUUGAAUAA